UGUAUGUUUUUGAAUUCAUCACAUAGUUUUCAGCCAUUUUGAAUAUGUACGAUUCUACCUACCAUUUGUUUACUUUGCAGAUCCUUGUGCAACAUGUUUGUGUAUCAAAAACACCGGCACUGCAUCGCCGGACCGGUGAACAAACAUCGUUUGUAAACCUUUCUCAUUGUAAGAUUUUCAUUCAGUUGUGCUGAUCGUUCAAAGUUUCAAUUAUGUCGAAUGUAAAGGAUACUCCAGAGCACAUUCAAGCCCAGAACAUCAUAGUGAUUCACCCGGGAUCCCACUAUCUGCGUAUAGGUCGAGCAUCCGAUGUGGAUCCGGUACGGAUACUACAUGCAAUCGCACGUCGACGCAAACCCGGUGGAGCCGUCCAUCGGGACUGUGUUUUACCACGGGUCGCCGAGAAAAGUCCCGAGUUGCUUCAGGAGCUAGAAGACUGUCGUUUACAGAUAACGCACACGUUGCUGUCCUGCGUGCAAUCAAACGGUCAGCGUCGUUACGCUACUCCACCUCAGCAAAUAGCAGCAUACAAUAAGCGGUCUCAGCCGGAAGUGAUACCGGACAGUGCUACCGAGUGGCAGGAUGCGUCCUUUAGCGACGUCGUGAUAGGUGAGGAGGUGCUUCAGCUGAAUCCGAAUGGAGAGUACAACGUCCAUUUUCCGAUUCGUCGAGGUGAACUCAAUCUCCACGACGGUGUCGGUGGCUCUCUAUUCGGUGUCCUAUCGGAUUUGCAGGCCAUCUGGGGGCACGUACUGCAGACGAAGCUGCAUAUCUCACCUAAAAAAAUGGCCCAGUACAGGGCGGUGUUGGUGAUUCCGGACAUUUACAAUCGGGCACAUUUGUGUGAGUUUAUGACACUUCUGCUAAGGCAGCUAGGUUUUGGCUGCUGUUUUCUAGUGCAGGACCACGUGGCAGCAACGUUCGGCGCCGGACUGGGGUACGCUUGCGUCGUAGACGUGGGUGAUCAAAAGACGUCCGUAUCGUGCGUCGAGGACGGCAUAUCCCAUCCCAACACGCGCGUACGGUUCGAUUAUGGCGGUGGCGAUGUCACGCAGGUACUGUAUUGGUUGUUGCAAAAGUGUGCCUUUCCGUACCGCGAGUGUAACGAAGCACACCCGCUCGACGCCAUUCUGUUGCACCGGUUGAAGGAGGAGGUAGGCCACGUAAAUCUCGAUGUUUGUGGCUCGGUGGAGAAGGCCUUUACCGUCCACCAGCCACAGAUGCCGAGAAGAAACUACACGCUGCAAGUGGGGGACGAAGUCAUGGUGGCCCCCCUAAGCAUAUUCCAUACGGAGCUUCUAGUACUCACGGGGGCAAACAAGGCACCUCCCAAAACACAAAAGUCACGCUCACUACAACCACAUCCCGAGGAUUGCUUUGAUGCAGAAUAUCUGAGAGAAACGGGGCGGCGUAACAAGGAAAAUUUGGAACAAUCAGCGAUGGAGAGCGGGACGAUACAGAGCACGGAAAAUCCCGAGGAUGAUUUGGUCGUAGACGGGUUGGAUCCGGAAAAGGAGGCCAAAAAUAAUGAUCGAGAUUAUUUUCUUCCCGGCGGACAGUUGGUUGGUCUCGAUCAUGCCAUCGUUCAAAGUAUCGAACGUUGCUCAAACGAUGAACUGAAGCGGAAGAUGUAUGGAUGCAUUUUGAUCGUUGGUGGUGGAAUGAAGUUUGCCGGCAUUGGCAGCUGGCUGCAGAAUCAAGUCGCACGAAAGAUUCCGGCCAUGUAUCGCUCCGAGCAUAGUAUUGUUUCCAGCCCGAAGGACAUGGAUCCGGAAAUUACUAGCUGGAAGGGUGCCGCCGUUAUGUCCUGCCUCGAAAGUGCGGUUGAGCUAUGGCUUACCGAAUCCGAAUGGACCAGGUAUGGUUUACGUAUUCUAAGAGAAAAAGCUGUUUUUAUGUGGUAAAAAUAACUGAAGUAGCCGUCUGGGUGCAGUAUAAAGAAUAAAAUAACAUAUA